AUGUUUACAUCGCGCCUUCAACGCAGGAGCCCAAUUACGAUGGUGGUGGUGACCUGCGGCAACCGCUUGGAAACGACCAUGAUCAACCUGAAAUCAGUUCUGGCUUUCUCCACGGCUGACAUUCGUCUGAUCCUGUUCGCUGAUGUCGAUAACAUCCAACGUCUUCAGGACAUGAUCCAGGGAUGGCCAGCCAUAUUCCUGGAGCGAGUCGACUACGAGCUUCGUCUCGUCCGCAUUCCGAAGCGCCCAGAUAUUUUUAAGCGGUGCGACUACCAGCGGAUGUUCCUACCGAGCGUGCUCCCCAAAGAAGACGCGGUGCUGUACGUCGACUCCGACAUCAUGUUCCUCCACCCCGUCGAAGAUCUUUGGAAGUACUUCGGCGAGAUGAACGACCAACAACUGACCUUCAUGGUUUCCGAUGUGGAGGACCCGUCCCUCAGCCUGUACUUCCACAGACAACGGAAGAUGCCUCGCUACGGACGCUACGGUCUCAACUCCGGUGUGAUGCUGAUGAACCUGACACGGAUGCGUGAUUUCGGCCUGGAGGCUCGCCUGGUGGGGCUGGCGGACGAAUACCGCAAUGACCUCGAGUACAGGGACCAGGACCUCUUCAACAUCGUGCUCCACGACCACCCUGAUAGGGUACUCGUGGGGCCGUGCCGAUGGAACUUCAUACACGGUGUCUGCUGGUCAAAGUUGGCCUGCCAGAACGAGAUACCGGCAAUCGUGCACGGCACGGAGAACACCUUCUUUGAUCCGCUGAAAGAGAAAGCUUACGGUGCCAUCGGCUCGGCAAUGCAGCAGGUAGGGCAUUUAUGCGCUCUGUUAGGUGGCGCGGUCUGGAAUGCCAACGAGAGCUCGGGUGUCUGA